AUUCCGCCCUCCAUCAACAACACCCAGCAUGCCCGAUAAGCGCAAACCCUCCAUGUCAACAUCGGGCGCAUCGCCUUACGCUAAGAGAUCCCGCGCCUCGUACGCCGACGAAGAUGAUGAAGAGACACCGCAGACGGUAACACCGUACGAGCGCCCGCGCAACCAUCCGAUAUACGGGCAAAAGAGCGCCUUCCCGGGACUCGACAGUGCAGGAGAUGACGAGCUCUUCUAUGGACCGGCGGAAGAUGGACUGGAAUAUCUACGGAUGGUCCGGUCCGAAGCCAACUCCCUCCCAUUCCUCUUCAAUGCGCCACCAACCACAACCCCAACCGCUGUAGAGGCCACCAGUUCGAAUGACACAACCACUCAAACGAAACCAGCACCUAACCAACCGACCAACACAACAGCAACCACAAUAAUAACAAAAAUUACCGCAACUACGUCUUCCCCUCCCCUCCGCGAGGGCGUCUUCCAGGACGGUGUCUACUUCGUCCCCACAACCAUUACUGCCAACAAGGACAGCAAAACCCCCAGCGGGAUACCCGGCUCACCAUCCCAAAACCCAUCGCCGGAAAUCCUCCCCGCCCAAUCGACAUACUACACUCUCCUCCACCACCGCUUUCUCCUUCUCCGCUCGAUCCUCAAAUGCACCCCUCCUUCUGAAGCUAUCGCCGCGCUAGACAAUGACCACCCUAUCUCACUCCCGCGGCACUCACGGAACGCGCGCCGCGAGUGGCGUCGGUUGCUGUUGGCGGUAGAUCCGCAGACGGUGCAGCUGGCGUGUAUGGACAUGGAGAGCGUGCUUGGCGUGCUGGGGAUCAUGGCGCGGGUGAUGUCGGAGAAUGUGCGCAGUGGAGACGCGGCGAAGGUCAGACGAAUUGCGGCGUGGGCUUGGGGACUACUGGCGCGGUGCCGGGAGGUAGGGCAAAUGGGGACGGAGGAGGUUGGGGAGUUACGAGAUUUGGGGAAGAGGGCGGCUCGGGUCUUGGGGAAAAUGAGGGAAGAGGAGGACGGGAAGAAGGGAGCUGGAGAGGGUGAUGAGGAUGAUGGGGAGGGCGAGGGCGAGGAUGAUGGCGAGGGCGAGGCAGUAGAACAGGCAGAAGGCGGUCAUGAUAAUACUGGCGUUGAGGCUGACUUGGAUAAGCGGGAUGCGGAUGCAGAUGCGACUGCAGAUGUCGACACUUAUCCACGACAAGUUGAUGUUGAUGAGCUAGAGGCUGCCAAGGCACGGUUACAAGCGAGGAUUGAAGGUGAUGGGCCUGCUGUUGAGUUACCAAGUGACGAUGCGGAUAAAGAGAGUGGUGCUUCGGAGGUGGCACUGCAAAUUCGCGCAAUGUUGGAUAUGGUCAUCACGGUCGUGGGGGAAUACUAUGGCCAGCGGGACUUGUUAGAAGCGCGCGAGCUAUGGCGAGAAGCGACGGACAUCUCCACCACCUCCCCGCCCUUCACUAUCUACAACAUCACCCUGCGCCUCCCUCUGCGCUCCUUCACCAUCUCCAAGCGCUACUCCGACUUCACAACCUUCCACACCACGCUCCUCAAUCAAACCAACGCCGCCCCACCGGCACCCUUGCCGCCAAAAUCCUGGCUCUCCUCGACCGUCAAGAACGCCACCUUCCGCGAAUCCCGCCGCCAGGCCCUCGAAACCUAUCUCCGGGCAAUCAACGAAGCCGAGGACCCCCGAUGGCGCAACUCCCCCGCCUGGCGCGCAUUCCUGAACCUCCCAAGCCUCGGCCCCAAUUCCGCCGGCACUGCGAACGGUGACCACAGCACGGCGACGAGCGCCCGCCUCCACGCCGCCAUCACGGAACCCGGCAGCAUCACCAUUGCCGCCAACCAGAGCAACGAGAACACCAUCACGGAUCCGACGUUAUGGCUGGAUUGCUUCCGGGACAUGAAGGGUCAUUUGCACGAUGCCCGACUGCACCUGACGCGCCGCGACCAGGAGACGACGCCACAGCGGCAGCAUGAGAGCUCGGCGCGGGCGAAGAGCAGUCUGGUGCGGGCGGGAUCGUUGAUCGCGGCGCUGGAGACGGGUUUAAAGAAUAUCUCAUCUGCUGCUGCUGCUGGACACGGCGGUGGGGGUUCUUCUGCGUCUCACCAGGAUGAUGGGGGGCCACGGUUAGGUGAGGGCGAGAUCCGCCGGCGGAGGGACCUGCUGAUCAAUGCCCGGAAGGAGAAGGACGGGCUGGAGGAUCUGCUGAAUGCGAUGGCCGCCAAGAGUCGCAUUGAUAGCGCGGUCGCCUCAAUUCAGGACAAGGAGGCGCUGAUGAACGUGGCGGCCACGGCCGGUAGCAAAGGGAAAAAGGCGGUGCGGGCGUCGGGACGCGUGCUGGGCAGGGAGACGGAGCGCACCCGCGAGUUGGAUAAUACGGGCGUCUUGCAGUUGCAGAAGCAAAUGAUGCAGGAUCAGGACGUCGCGGUGGAGGAGUUGAUGCGCAUCGUCAAUCGGCAGAAGGAAUUGGGGAUCGCGAUUAAUAAUGAGCUGGUGGUGCAGAAUGAGUUGCUGAAGUUGACGGAUGAGGAUGCUACUAGGCUGGGUGAUAAGAUCGACAUUGGGAAGAAGAGGAUAGGGAAGAUCUCUUGAUGAGCUCGACUUCUACGCGGUCAGAUGAUAGUAAGCUGGUCGGUUCUAUUUCAUGCAAUGUGCCUUGUAUCAGGCCUUGUACUUCUGCAUUGUGAUGCCUUGCAUAUGGAUGGCUUGUUCUUUUGUGUCAGCUUUAGCGGAUUUUGUUUCUGGUUGUCUCGAUCAUGUCUGAGUACCACCUAGUAAUAGCACUCAAACAAGCAUGGACUUUCAUCUCGCCACGG